GCCUAUAUCGGUCUUCGUCGUCGUCGUCUGCUAAAAAGUGAAAGUUUUUAUUUUUGUUUACACCGAAAAAAAAGGGAGAAUCCGUCGAUUGUCAAUCCGUUAUCUGCGUCUCUGAAUCCUGCGAAAAACAAAAGCAACAAAACAACAAAAUUGUUUGUGGAACAAGUGAUUUAUUUAUGUGAGUAAGUAAAGUGCCACAGCCUCUAAUAAAAAAAAGUGUUUUGUUGUCGUAAAAUUCUCUCUUCAUGUGAUUCGAAGAGAAUUGCACGAAUGUAUCUUCGCUCGUGUACGGAGGAUGGUCCAAAAUGCUGACUUUAAAUUUGUGUUUGAUAAACGCGAUAAGAUUUAUCGACCUGGGGAAGCAGUGACGUGUCGGGUCGUUGUCCGGCUAAGAGAAGCGUUUAGUGCUCAUACACUGACAUUACGGUUUUCGGGCAAAUUGAGAGUUGGCAAAGGCAAGUCGGAAGAAACGGUGGAAUUGUUCAAGCAUGAGGAGCCCAUUUCGAUUUUACGGAGCAGUGAUGAUGACGUUCGACUUCUUGAGGUUUCCGAAAAUUAUACAUAUCAAGCCACAUAUCAAUUGCCGCUCAAAAUACCAGCAAGUUACGAGCAUCCGUUUGGCAACAUACGAUAUUCCGUUAAGGCGCGAUUUGAUCCAAUUAAUGUGUCAUCCAGCGUCGAUUUCUUCGUCGAAUGCAAAAAUAAACUUCCGUUAAUGCAAAAUGUGGGCGAUCCAUUGCACGACAGUCGCGAAACCACAUUUUCCUUCUGUUGUUGGCGAUGUCGGUGCUAUGAGUCAGACACGCUAAAAAUCACUCACAUUCUUCCACGAACUGUUUGGCAACCGGGCGAUACAUUACCUUUCACCGUGGAAAUCCAAAAUUAUUCCGACGUUGGAGUAAAAAGUCUCAAAAUGCGCAUCACGGAAGAACUUUCCUUCAGUUCGUUGAAGAAUUUUUCGCAACCGCGAGUCGUGAAAAAAACACUUUUUACCAAAGACAUCAAAAUCGGAGUUGCUCCCAUGCAGAAAAAAUUAUUCAAAGAAUGUUUUUUCCUUGCACCCGAUUUUGACUUUAAACAUUUCCACAAUUGCAAGCAUUUCGUGUGUCGGUAUUAUGUGGAGUCAAUUAUUACGGUAAAUGGCAUUUUUAGGGAAGAUUUGAGACAUCGAUCGCAAUUUAUUGUUGGUAUGGUCCGAGAUCGCUUAGGAGACGACGACGAAAAUGCACCACGUCCAGAAUCUCGCCAAUCGCACACAAAUCCCGAAGAGGAUCUUCGUUACUUUGAGAGGCCUUAGAAAUUAUUUUUAGAAAUAGAAAAGUAUUUUUGUACAUGUUGAAAAUGCAUUUUUAUAUAGUUCAAUAAUAAAAUUAUAGCUUUUUUGGCAGU